AUGGACAGAAUCAGUCUGUUAUCUGAUGACUUGCUGGUGAAGAUAUUAUCGUUUCUUCCGACUAAAGAAGCUGUGUCCACUAGCGUUUUGUCUAAACAAUGGGAGUUUCUUUGGAUGUGGUUGCCUAGACUCCAGUUCACUUCUCCUUGGGGUACAAAGCCUGGACAUCGGGAGUUUAUCUACAAGAAUCUGCCAUUACAUAGAGCUCCCUUCAUAGAAUGCUUGCAUCUUGUGUUGUUGUUUGAUAGUUUGAUUAAACCUGAAGAUAUCAGACUGUGGAUUGAGAUUGCAGUUUCUCUCCAUGUACGUGAACUGAUCAUUACGAUUUACUCGGAUACAUUGAAACUUGAAUUUGUGACAUUUGUAGAUGGACUUGAACAGCUCCUAUCAGUUUGUCCUGUUCUUGAAGAUCUAUCGGUGCUGUAUUGUGCAUGUGGCGACGAUAUGGAAGAUUAUUUAACUAUUACUGUCCCGUCUUUGCAGAGUUUAUCACUCUGUAUAAAUGAUGGUGAUAAUUGGUUUUUAGAUAUAGGGUAUGAGAUAGAUACUCCUAAUUUAAAGUAUUUGAAACUUGUGGAUACGAGUCAGGAACAUGAACACUACGAUCCUUUGAUUAAGAAUAUGCCGAAGCUGACGGAAGCAUAUGUCGAUAUUGGAUACUCUAAUCUCAACAGUAUUAUUGGAUCAAUCACAUCUGUCAAGCGUCUUACAAUAUGUUCAGUGGGUGUGUAUGGUGAUGGUUUUGUUUUAAAAAAUCUUGAAAAACUGAAACUAUGUUUAUGCAAAAUGACUUUGUCGAAACUCUUUGUCCAGUUGCUCAAGGAUUCUCCAAACUUACAAGUGUUAGACAUCUCUGGAGUGGGAUGUAGUGGUAUGGUUUCAUGGAAUCGACCGAGUUCUGUUCCUAAAUGCUUGUUGUCGAGUCUACAGAUUUUCAACUGGUCAGAUUACUUUGGGAGACCACAAGAUAAAGAUAUUGCGGUUUAUAUCUUAACAAACGCAUGUCACUUAAAGAUGGUAAAAAUCGAGUCGUCUGAAGAAUCCGUAAUUCCAACCCUUGAUAUGUUAAAGGAGUUGGCGUUUUCUUCCCGAGCUUCAACCACAUGUAAACUUGUUUUUAAUUGA